CGACGUCUCAAAAAUAAAACAGAGUUUCUCUUUCGUUUUAGUUCUGUUAUUGUGAAAUCGCCUUAAAUCAUCAUGAAUUCCAGAAUCAAUUGAAAUUUUGAAGGUUGAGUUGAAAGCCCCAAUUCUCCACUCUAAGAACCCUAAAUCGCGAUUUGAGAUUGGCAAAAAACUUCAUAUUUUCGUUUUAAAACGACUUUAAAAUGGAAAAAAAAAACUGUUUUAAUCGAAACACAAAAAAUAUAUGUAGUUAAGUAUAUCUUAUAAAUGAAUAUGUCUGAUACUCGAGUUGGUUUUCUCGCUCUUUAAUGUUGUUUCAUGUAUUAAUUCGUUUAAUAAUCAAACACAAAUUUAACAACUUAAUAUUUAAUAAAAAUCGACAAACACAUGUGACAAUUUGAAACAAUUGAUUCAAAUUCAGCAUAUAUAUGGUAAAAUUAUUGUAUUUGAAAUAGUCAUAUCAAAAUUUAAAUAUAUUUAAAGCUAAAAAUCAUUAACAACGUAAAACAAAUAUUUAUGUAUAUAAAAAUAAAAACAAACAUCUGUGUGCUGUUCCCUAUUAUCUAAUUAAAACAGAAAUAUUCUAUAAAUUUAAUUACGGAUUAUGUAAUUGAUAUUUUGUAAACGUUUUAAUAUUUCGUUAAGUGAUUUUGUCAUUUUUGAUUAGACCAAAAAUAUAGAAAACUAUUAAAAGUUAAAUAUAUUAUCAAAUAUAUCAAUACUAACAGUUAACUAUUUUGAAAUAAACACGAAGACAUAAUAAGUAUAUUCUUCCAAUAGAAUAUUAUCAAAUAUUCUACAACAUUUAAAACUUACCUAAUAACACACAGAAAUUAACUACAAUCCACGGUUUGAUACUUUGAUUUUUGAAGAUUGUAUAUAGUACAUCCGACAUGUAUAGAACUUUUAUCUAGUGCCUAUUUCAUCACACACCCUUUAAGAUAAGUCCAUUGUUUUGGUUUUACAAAUGCGAACAAUCACCCUAACUCGACGUGAUUUGUAAACUGGACUAUAACAAACUUUGAUUUAAACAGUUUCACGUGCAGACCUAACUAAUCAAACUCAAAUAAAACAGCACAUGCCUAUCAAAACAAACACUUUACACAAAUAAAAACAUACUAGAGCUUGACCCGCACGUCCGCGCGGGUUUAGAUUUUUUUUUUGUAUAAACUGUUUAAUGACAUUUUAAAACAUAUAGAUUAUUUAAAUAUUUUUAGGUUCCUGCGAAACUACCCGGACCUAGAAAGACCUGAUUCGAACCUCGUCCGCAAAUUUAUAAUAUUCGAAUAUAGUUUAAUUUUAAAACUCAAAAACCCAUAUAUCCAAAAAAUUGAUUCGUACUCGAAUGAGUACUUGGAUACCAAUGUUUAACUGAAUUUGUAAGUAAAUAAAAAGAAUUGUAACCGGUUUGAAAUUUUUUUCUUUGUUAACUGGUUUAAAUUUUCCAUGAACAAUUUCAUUUAUGCUUGUAAAAUUAUUAUGGUUAACGCGUAAAAUAAAUGGUGUUAAAUUUUUAUAGUAAAUAAAAUCAAUGAAAUAGCUAGUAAGAAUGAAAAAAGGAAGAUGUAAUCAAAUACUUUAAAAUAUGUAAGCUUUGUUUUUUACUUUGUAAUAAAUGAUAUCAAAUUAAUUAUAAAAGACAAUAAAUAAAGUAGUUAAAAUUAGUUAAAAAAGGAAUGACAUUUUACUAAGAAACCACUUAAAAUAUGCAAGUAUUAUUUUGUACUUCAAUGUUAAUUAAAUAGAUGUUUACACAUCACAUUCUUAUUAUGUAUAUGUUGUAAUUCAUAGUUUAGAAUAGCCAAUUGCAUUAGUUGUUUGUUAAUCUAUAUAUAUGUGUGUGUGUGUACUUUGUAAAAAUAUUUAUCUAUAAUAAUGAAGAAAUAAAAUUAUAUAAGUAUUUAUAACUUUACAUAUAUAGUGAUAUAAAUAUACACUAUAUAUAUAAUUAUUUUAGAGCUUCAAUAAAUAUAUAUUAAAAUAGUGUUGUUAUUAUUUGUAAAUAUAUAAAAACAUGAAUAGAAAUUAAAAAAACAAAUAAGAUUUACAUAUAAAUUCCAUUCAUUUCAAUUUAGAUGAUGUUUUAGGCAUUAAAAUAUUAAAAGAUCAAACUUGUAAGAUAAUUUGUAAGUGAAUAAAUGGGCAAUUAAUGUAACAUAGUAUAAAUUAGAAAUAGCCAAUUAACAUAAGUUUCCAGAUUAAAUAGUUAAAAUCUUUUAGAAAUAAAUAAGUGGGCCUAUUCUCAAAAUUAGACAUAUUUAGGUUCUUUUCUGAAUGAUGAUGUUUUUCCAAGUAAAAGGCAUUAGAUAUAUAUAUAUAUUGUUUGAUCAGAGUGGGAUAAAUUUAAUAAAAAAAUAUUAACAACAUAUGUUUUCAGUUGUGAUUUGAACGUGAAGAAAACAGAAUAUAUAUAUUUUAUUUAUUUUUUUAUUUACAUUCCUAUUAUUGCUAAAGGGUUCAAAACAGUAUAUUCAUUUUUUAUGUAAGUGAAACUUGAUUUACAAGAGAUAUUGUAUGUCAAUAAGGGAAACCAAACUUUUAGGUAACAAUAUAUAUGCGAGAGAUAUUUGUUUAGUCUGUAAAUUAAAUUUAGUUGGUUUAUUAAAAAUAUUCUAAAAUCUCUAUAUUAAAAGAUCAGUGGUAUAGAUAAGUAAUUAUUGAGAAAAAUUCAGGGUUAUUUUCUUUUUGUACUCCUGUUUUAAUAGAUUAGAAGGUACACUAUUUAUUAAAAUAAAAUUACUUUGGUAACACAAAUAAUUUUGCGUUUUAAAAAUACGGAUCAUAGUGAUAGAGUGUACCUGGUUAUUCCUAUAAAACUAUUAUGAAUAAAAUCAAUGAUUAUUUAUGGAAUAGAAAAAAUGAAAUGAUGUAAGAAAUGGAAUAAAACUAAAAUUACUACUUGAAUAAAAAAAUUCACACGUUCCAUUUAUUCACUAAAGUUUAGAAUCAUGAAACAAAAAAUGGAUUUUACAAAAGAUUUUUUUGUUCCAUUCAAAUUAAAUAUGUGAAAUUUUUAAAAAACUUUUUAUGAUAGCUAUUUCAUAGAAUCUUAUGGAAUGAUCCAUUCUAAAUGAUUUUAUUCCAAGAACAUUCCAAAUGAUUCCAGUUGCAGCCAUAAUCUAAUACUCAAUUAUCCCCAAAAAAACGGCUGCAGUGAAAAUUUUGGGUUCGAAUUAACUUUUAAUAACUCACACAAAGGAUUCCAUUUGAACGCAAAUGUAACACUACCAUAAACACUAUUGUUGCUAGUAAAUAUAGCAAGAUCUUAUUCUCUUAAUUUUAAAAUUAAAUCGUGAUAACAGAUUAGUUGCUAUAUAUGUGCAAAUAAAGCUGCGAAAUAUAGAGUGAACUUGCAAUAUUUUCUCAAUUUCCAGUAAGAUCAUAACCAACUACAAUUAUUUUCUUUAUAAGCACUCCCAUUCUUACUUUCUCAUAACAACAAACUCAAAACCCUAUUCAUUAAAGAAAAUGUCAUCGAUAGUACUCAUGUUUGUGGUUUUAACCAUGGGUUUAAACGUCUCUCAAGCCACAUCUCGUGUCACCUUCCACGAGCCAUUAUUGGCUGACCACCAUCAACAAUGGAUGGAUCGAUUCUCUCGAGUAUAUAACAGCGAGCUCGAGAAGCAGAUGAGAUUCGACGUGUUCAAGAAGAACUUUAAAUUCAUUGAGGAAUUUAAUAGAAAGGGAGAUAGAACCUACAAGCUUGGUGUCAACGAGUUUGCGGAUUGGCCCGAAGAGGAUUUCAUUGCCACACAUACCGGUCUUAGGAGCACUGGCGGAUUUUCACCAGCUGGAUAUUUCUAUGAAAUGGAACCGUAUCGGAACCGGAACGUCACUGAUGUCGCCCCUCAUGAGACCAAAGAUUGGAGAAAGGAAGGAGCUGUAACACCGGUUAGAUACCAAGGCCGAUGCGGAGGUUGUUGGGCGUUCUCAGCUGUUGCCGCUGUGGAAGGUGUGAAAAAGAUUGCCGGAGGCAAUCUGAUACCAUUAUCUGAACAACAACUUCUCGAUUGCGACAGAGGGUAUAAUAAUGGUUGUCGAGGUGGGAUAAUGCAAGAAGCUUUCGACUACAUAGUCCAACAAGGCAUUGCCUCAGAGGAAGCUUACCCUUUCUCAGAGCAAGCGUACCCUUUCCUAUGGACAAACGAGAUGUGCCGGUUCUCAGCUGUUGUCGCAUCAAUCAGAGGUUUCCAGGCUGUCCCAAACAACAACGAGCGCGCGUUGCUCGAGGCUGUGUCGAGACAGCCUGUCUCGGUUUCCAUUGACGCAGAUGGACCCGGUUUCAUGCAUUACUCAGGGGGAGUGUACGAUGAGCCGUACUGUGGGACCAGAGUGAAUCAUGCAGUGACGUUCGUUGGGUACGGAACGAGCCCUGAAGGGAUCAAGUAUUGGCUGGCUAAGAAUUCUUGGGGUGAGACUUGGGGAGAGAACGGUUACAUUAGGAUUCGUAGAGAUGUGGAUUGGCCUGAGGGCAUGUGUGGUGUGGCUCAGUAUGCUUAUUAUCCUAUUGCUUAAUUAAGUGGCAAAUGACUGAUUGUUAAAGUGUUAUAUAAUUAUUAUAUAACAUUAGAAUAACAAAAAAAAAUGAUUAUAUAGUCUCUUUUAUCAAUUGUUUUGGUGUGGUCUAAAUCUACACUUUUAUUGCAUACAAUCAGUCGACCAAUAAUGCAAAAAGUGAUGUAGUUUCCCA